UUUCUUAGUAUUUAAAGGUGACCACGCCCAUAUUUUUGUUAACACAGUCGGAAGAUUUGAGGGGAAAGGUGGCAGAGUUGUGGUGUGUAAAGUUAGGCCUUAGCCUCAAGCUGAAGGGCCCAUCUCCCACUCUCAGUCCAUAGUUAACAGUACAAACUGCAAGAGGUUGACAAGUUUUCCCCUGUGUAAAUGCAUUUUAUAUGGUUUGAAAGGGGGUACUUUCCGGCUGUGCUACUUGUGGAAGACUGUAUCAUGGCCCAGGAUGCCCAGUGGUGGCUCAACUCUGACCUCACAGGCGACAUCUACUCCAGCAUGAAGAGCCAGGAGGAGAAGCUGGUGCCGUUUGUGGGUCAGUCGCCCCAGCUCCACCUGCGCCGGUACCUGGUGGACUGGAUGGCUAUCCUGUGCGAGAAGUAUGAGAUUGACCGGCAUGUGCUGCACCUGGCUGUCUACAUGCUGGAUCGGUUCAUGGACCGCUACGCCAUUGUCCAGGAGUCUCAGCUUCACCUGCUGGCAUUCACAUGCCUGCAGAUUUCAACCAAGUUUGAGGAGCGGGAAGAGAAGGUGUCUAAGCUGAGCAUCUACCACGCCCAGUCCAGCGUCACAAGCACCAACAAGGAGGACUACCUGCAGAUGGAGCUGCUGUUGCUGCAGUUCUUUGACUGGAACAUCACCCAGCCCAGUGCCACCCACUUCCUGGGGUACUUCCUGACAGAGGCGGCAGCGGCGGCCAGCAGCAGCAGGAAUGAAGUCUGCCGCAGCUGGCAGGGCGGCUGCAAUGAGUACUCCAACAUCUACAUGCACAAGUACACCAACUACUUUCUGGAGAUCAGCUUACAAGAUCAUGCCUUCUCCUUUGCCAAGCCAUCGCUGGUGGCUGCCUCCUGCAUAGCUGCCUCUAGGGUCUGUCUCCAGCUCUCUCCAACAUGGACGGCCAGCCUGACGAGGAUCACACAGUACAAGUGGGAACACAUAGCGACCCACAUCGAGCGCAUGCUGAGGACUCAUGACGUAGACGAGAAGGCUGCCAAAUGCCAGGCCAAGGAGAAGACGAGUUACGGCAGCCAGAAAACAAUGAGCUACAACAGGGAGGCAGCAGUAAGCCACAGCGGCGACUACAGCAGGGCCAUCUGACCAGGGGAUAAGUUAAGUUUACAAAUGAACCAAGUCUUCCAUGGUUCCAGUAUAUUUCUGGCCCUUCCCCAGUGCCUCAAAAGAAAUGUCUGCCGCCCUCCUUUGAUAUCCCAAUCAAUUCCUCUCCCACCACAAAAAGAAAAGAAAAGAAAAAGAGCAUGAUUACAAAAAAGGGGAAAAAGUGAAACAGGUGUAUGCAGUUUUCUGAUGAUUUUUACUCUUUUCCCUUAAGAAAGAUUUCUUAAAAGUAUCUCGAGUGAGAGUGCAGAAAUUAUUUUUUAAAAAAUGAAAGAAUGCCAUUUCAAAUUUCUUAUUAUUUCUAAAAAUACAAAUAUGACAAUCAGGAUUGAAAGUUGUGCCUUUUAAGAUUUAGGAGUAGAAAUUUAUGCAGCUGCGUUUUUUCAAAUAUUUCAGUAGCAUUUUCAAACAUUGACAUUUGAUCAAUUUACUUUAAUAAACACGGCAAAAAUGAUUCAAGUGGUUGCACUAACUAGUAAAUAUUGUGAUACCUUUGGAAAGAAAAAGGUUUUAUUGAUGAAAUGAUAGUGAAUGGAAUAACUUAAGAGCCCUUUGCCUAGUUGAAAAAAAAAGGAAAAAUAAAACAAAGAAAAGAAAAGAAAGCAUGGUUAGUUCUUGAACAUUCAAAUAGUUGUGGUCAAAUAAUGCAUUAAUUAAGUUAGCAGUUUUGUUACGAAGAGAAUAUUUCUAAUUGAAAAUGAAAUCUUGAAAUUGUUAUAGUGUAUUUGUCUUUCCAAAAGAAGAUUUAAAUGAAAUAAUGGUCCGAUUUCUGUGUUGAAAUAUUUGUAAUAUGACUAAAAAGUCACAAAGUGGCAGGUAUUAAUGUGCAAUUCAAGAUGUUGUGCACCUGAAAAGAUAUUUUAAACAUACUGUAAAAGAAGAUAUAUUGAAAGAUUUAUAAGGUAAAGACCAUUGAUGUUGAAUUAAAAGUACUAAUGUACUACAGUGUGCAGGAUUAGUGUUUAAUUUAUGUACCCUUAAAUUGAAUAGUAAUACAAAAAAGCCUUCAUCUGAAUGAAAACUUAAAAUGUCCAUAUUUACAAUUAUCAAGUUGACAGAAUCUGUUUCUUGAGAUUGAACAAUCAUUUUGGCCAAAGGUGAAGUUAAGAAAAAUGGCAAUUGUUUGUUUGCAGUUUUGUUGUCCAUGUUUAAGUGCAAUAAGUCUUGCCAAAGAAAGAAAAUGCCAAUAAUUUAAUCCAGUACUGAAGUGAGUCAGUGAAAUUCCUGGUGCCUCCACUUGCAUUUGAGACUCCAUUUGGGACCUCCAAGAGAACUUUCUGUUGCCUUCUAAAAUGUAGAGUCCCUCUUUUUGCAUUGCCAUCUGUGUUGCUUUCAAAAGGGAAAAAACAUUCAGUAUUACCGAGGACAUUCUGACAGCAUGUAGAUGUAGGUGAAUUCAUCUAGUUCAUUCCUUCUGUAUUUAUAAGCUGUGUUUUAGUUGGGAGCAUUUGAGACUCAUCUGUUUCCAUCGAUGGUUUAAAUUUUUAGAGACAUAAUCAGUCCAGUGUUAAGACUGUGGAGGGCUGUAAUUUGAUGAAAGAAAAGUGAAUCACUACUUUGAACCAGCUGUUUUGUAUUCUCGGCAGGGGUGAGAUUUCUCAGUUUUUCAGCUGAUUUUCGCUUUUUUUGUUUGGAUUUCAGCUUUUUUU